UUGUGGAGUUGCCAAUCUAAAUGUUACUUCUCCAUUAUAUUAGGGCUCGUGCUUGAAGAAAGAUGUUCUUUUCUGCAACGGGAAAUCCCAGCUUCAAAUCUGAGACUUUGGCUACGUUUGACAAGUAGAGAUUUUGAGGAGGCGGCAUUCAGUUCGGUGUCAGUGAAGACAACUGUCUACACUUUUCUAGAGUUCACUCGCCGUGGGUGGUAGCUCAGCUUUACUACCUACUAUCCCUGAAAGGUCCGAGAAGCGGGGUGCAGAUCCGGACCACAGAAAGCAUGGUCGGAAAGUAACUUUUAGUAACGUCAAUUUGAGGAAGACAGUGGAUCCACCUGCUUCGUCCAGCUGCUUAGAAAUGAGAGUAUCAUCAGCUGAGACAUAUGUGCAAAACCCUACAAAGAAAAAGAGAGGUGAAAGAUACAGCCGAAGCGGCCGGCGCCUCAUCCCUCCUUUGCAGUACUGGUGUGGAGAACGGCAAGUUUGGGAUCGGGCAAUGAUUGUUAGAGUAGAAGAAGGUGGAACAAACUAUUUAGCUGAAAGAGUGGCUUCUGAAAGCAAGGAGACUAGCUCAAAAACCCGUUAUCACACUCUUAUAAAACGGAAAAAAACAAGAGGAGCAAAAGAACAAACUGGGUGCCAUAAUCCAGGUUCACCAGGAGUAAGUGGUGUUAACGUGCCUUCCCCGAUUUACACUGAUUUGCCUAGCACUGAAGAUACUAUCUCUCUACCCACCUGUCUUCCUAGUAAACAGUGUGUCCAACAGGAGAGUCAAGAUAAAAAGACAUACAAAAAAGUAGUUUUUGGUGAUGUCAUGUCCCAGAAUACAGUGAAAGAGGACUUUGACUCAUCUACUAGCUCACAAGAGCCUGUACGUUCAGAAGAAAUCAAUGGAGCAACUUACUCAGCUGGAGACAAGAAGUUAUUUUCUUCUGGUAAUCAGGAUCUGUCAGAAUUAGAGAGCAAAAAAUAUAUGGAGAAAAACCAACAAGAAAGCAAUAGUCAGAUGAGGAGGAUCUUAGAAGUACUGGGUAGUAUAGUGGAGGGACAAAUUAAAAUGCAGGAUACCUUGAAUAAGGUUCAGUUGUGCUUACAGCAAAACAAGAAGGUAGCCACAAGCCUCCUCGGUAUGCCAGAAAAGAGCUGAUGUGCUUCAGCUAGAGAUAAAGGAGCUUGAAUUAAGGUCUGUCAAGGCAUGAUUCUAUACCUAGAGCAAAAAAUAUAUGUAAAAAUUGUGCCUGUAUCCCCAAGAAGUUAUCUAAAGCGAAGCAAAAGAGUAAGUGACUGAAGAAGUAAGAGGGCAUGCUGUUGAUUCAUCUGUUUUCUAUUUCAUCUGGUUGUAGAAAAGCAUUUUGUGUUCCUUGUGCUAAGUUCUGAGAUCCUUUUUCUAAACUGGCCCAUCAAAGGGCGCAGCACUAUUUGUUAGAGUGGUUUACAACUAGGAUUAGUUGUGUGUUUUCUUGAACUCUGAAAAAAGAUAGAGUGGUACUUCUGUGUUCUUAUUUUCUGCCUGGAGUUGCAUUUUGGCUGGAGAAAUUAAAGCAGAAAACCUCAGCACAUAGUGGGCAUGUGUUUGCACAUGGCCACACCAAGAAAAUGCAGAGUAAAUGAAGGUUUAGAAAAAACUGACCUAAUGAGGCCAAGGAAGAGAAAGGGUUUUGCAGGUAGAACAAAGUCUUUCUCUGAAUAUGUCUCAAUACUAGUGCUUCAGAAUAGCAUAUAGAGAUAGGUAGUGACUUUUGACAAUAUGAAGCACCUCCACAGCUCCUGAUCAGCCGUGAGAACCAUGUAUGCAUAAGCAGUUGAGGACAGUUCGUUGGCUUGUCACUUUUGGAUGUUUUCUAAACACUACAGAGACCCUUCUCAUCUCAGGUUGCUGCCCUUGAAGAAGUUUGUCUUUACUUUAGAGUGUCUUUAAUGUGUACUACUUUGCAGCAGUAUUGCUUCAGCAUAAAAGGACUUGGCCUUGUAGGCUUUGCAUCACUUUCAGCACUUCACAGUUGGCUCACUGCCUUCAUUGCUAGGCGCAGUGUGUGUUACUUCAGAGAGCCGGGCCUGCAGAGUACAGUACGGCUAUUUCUGAGCACAACGUAACACUGGUAAAACAUACUGACUGCAGUAUGUAGGAGCAUAUUGACUGCAGAAUGUACUAGCUGUCAGCAUAGCCUGCCAUAGCUCCCGAGUAAUUUAGUUUUUCUCUUGGAGCUCCAGAGAAGUCCUGCCCUUCCCUUUUGUUUUCCAGUGCAUCCAUUCAAGGCAGUUGCGCACAGCAGUUCAUCCAUCAUUGCCAUUCUGUUGUGACUUUCAGAUGUUGGUCCAGCUGUUGCUUUGGAAAGAGUGGCAUUAACAAAUGCAUUGUUACCGCUUGGAAUAGUGCAAGCGUAGUUUGCUCUGUGGAUGAUUUCAGUUGGGCUGGUCCAGUGAUUGAGAUGUUUGAGAUUUCAUUGUUGGAAGGAAUAUGGAAGGCUUUUUACCCUUGUACGUUGUAUUCUGUACUACCAAAUCAAGUUUAACGUUUUGGCAAAAGGACUGUAUCUUAGUUUGGUUACAUGUCUUAUUGAGGGAGUGGUUAUGCCUUUAUUCGGUUAUCAUUCCUCUAGAGUUGGGAGACCCUCUGUUCUUUUUUGCAUUGGCAGUAUGGUGUUUCUUUCAAACAUUUAAAAAUGUAUGUUUUGUGACUUAAAAACUGUUGUCAUAGAUCACUCAUGCAUUGUAUAAUA